AGGCUGUGCCUCGUUGGGCAAUCACGCAACCGGUGGGCUUAUUACACAAAGUAAAUGGCCUGCACUGAGGCUGCUGCUGCGGCAGUGCUCGCCAUACUAGGACUUUUAUAGGCCUCUUGCGAAUGUGCUGUUCUGACUCUGCCUGAAUGGGCGCAUUUUCUUCAUGGGCAGCAGGAGCCUUCGAGACAGCCUGACAUGAGGCCACCCGCUGGUCUGCUGAUGGAUGAUAAUGUGCGUGUGUGUGUGGUUGCGGUGGCUUGGUUGUGACAUGAUAAAUAGCCUCGCCCUUACAGAGCAGCAGUUACUGCCAGCUCUGGAAAGGUAGAGCUUAUCGAGAACAGCUCAUCUCCCAUACUCGGCACAAGACUACCACCAGGCGACGCCGACAUAGCAACUCGAAUACCAAGAUGCCCGUCACCAGAAGCGCGAGUAGGCGAUCUCAGACACCUGCAUCGUCUGCUACACCAUCCCGCAUAUGCAAGAUACCCGCGAAAAGCAAGGCCAAGACCAAGCCAGCAAGCAAGACAGCGGCCCGAGGGAUGCAUAAGAAGCUCAGCAAGAAGCGAGGUUCGACAGCGGGGCGAAGUCCGGGGCCUGCGACUGCCGCUGCAGCUGCCGCCGCUGCCGCUGUCUUUGCCGUGCCCGAGCUCCUGGUCGAGAUUCUCGCAAACGUCGAUGACACCAAGACCCUGCUCCUCGCCCAGAGGGUAUCCCGGGCCUGGCACACAGCCAUCACGCAGACUGUCGAGCUGCAAAAGCUGCUGUUCUUCCACCCAGUCAUCGCUCGGGAGACUGACGACGUGACGAACCCGGAAACUCGGCGUAUCAACCCGCUGCUCGAGGAGAGGUUUCCGACUUUCUUCCCGCCUCAUGAGCUACAGUCUGGACAAGAUUUCUACCACCUGCACGCCAUGCAAGCCGACUGGACUGACGGCAACCCAUUUGGAUUCAUGGAAGCCGCCGGCAGCAGCAGGGCAGAUCGAGAGCCGUACCUCCGCAGAGGUGCCUCCUGGCGCCGCAUGCUCGUGCAGCAGCCAGCAGUCAUGAAGCUUGGGUAUAUCCAGAACCAGGGCAGGAGUGAGCAGUCCUACUAUCGGGCAGUCGUCGACUGCCGUGACGAACAGGGGCUCCGCAUGGGCAAGCUGUACGAUCUGGUCUACCAGUAUGCCGGGUCCUGGAAGGCCGGGGGACUUGGCAAUUUUACCGUCUACCGCCGCGUGCCGCGUCUCGACCCGCCCGUACACAGCUACAGCGCGAAAUGUGGCGGGGAGGAAGUCGCCUUGAGCCGGUUUGGACCAGACGUGGGGUUUGUAGCCCUACGAAAUGCAGCGGGCGACAGAUACUUCCCGCUCGACGCGAUAACCAGCAAAGGUGCCCUGCUGCCGGAGUAUCUUCCGACAGAGUGGCAGCCCAUUUCACUGAAGCUGGAGCAUACGAACUCGCAAGACUGGUUCGGUUGAAGGGGGUCGCGGCUGUCUGUGUGAGCUUGGAGAGACACAAGAGGACGCCCUUUCGGUGGGAGUGCCACGAGUUAAACGGCGCAGGUGUAACAACGUUUUCAUGCACAUCACAGUUAAUAGAAGUUAAAAACGAACCACGCUUAGUCGUGUGCUUAUGAGUCCUGACGAUCAAGGACUCAGAGAAGGCCCGCCGUCUUAAGCAAAUGCAACUUCGGUGGCGUUGCGGAGGUCUUUCAAUCAAAAACCUAUGAGC